AUGGCCAACUUCGUUCCUCCCACUCCCUCCUGCCAAGGAAGUGUGCGCGAUAAUCAAUACAGUGCAAGUCGCGACUCGGCCAGCAACAGCAGCGCCGGUGUCCGCUCUCCCUCCUACCGUCGCGAUGACCUGUAUCAUAAUGGCAUUGGGAUCCGACGAGCCGACGAACAAUUGCCCAACCAUGUAUCCCACAACAUCGCCCAGGUACUACAAGCGCCGAGAUCCUCGCCUAGCCCCAGUCCCGAGCAGAUGAGUGGGUAUAUGCAAAGGCUGGAAGCUCUUGGAAGAGGGUGCACAGAAGAGGAGGUGAAGGACUUUCUCUGCGAUACCGUCUUCCCUACCGACUCUGACCCUGUCUACGGACGCCGGGGAGGGCUGGAGACAUCUAAAUCGGUCCCCAUGUUAUCUUACCUCGUCCCUGCCCUGCCGCAGGCGGCCUUUCGGGUUACGCAGCCGGAACCUGAUCUGCUGUACGGUUACUCAGGCGAUGCGAAUGAUGGUGCCUUCACACGGGCGCAGCACAUUGCCCAGGCUGGAUUGGAUCCUAGAAAUCCUCGCUCGGCCGAGGCUCAGGGGGGCACGCGGGGUGACCUUUGGGUCGCGGCAAAUCAGUGUGCCGGUGCCGGGGCGGCGUGCCUCAACGCCGCGGACAAGUUCAACACGGUGCUUGCGAAAUGCCAGGACGCGACGCGCGUUGAUGCUCUGUCGUAUGCGGUCGGAGUUGACAAUAACAUUGCACAGUUGUUUAUAUCAAGCUUCUGGCCCACCCAGCCAGACGCUGUCCAGCAAGUUACCCAGAACAAAUGA